AUGCCUUAUACGCCGCCAUCUCGAUCGCCGGCUUCUUCGGUAUCUGCUUCCCCGGACGUCAGCCGACGUUCCUCCAUCCAAAAUGGCUCUCGCCCCUCCUUGCCGCACUCGGCAUCCUACCUAAAUAAGCACCGUCGCACACCUUCCAUCACAAUUGUCAACCCCGACCAGCCAACAGCCGUCCAGCCACUUACAAGCGCCAGCGUGCGACAGUCUCCUCCUCCCAUCACAGAUGUCCGCCCCAUGCCCGCCGGUGCCAUCAUCUCGCCUCCCGAGUCCGCCUCUGGGAGCGAUGACGAGUUUAAACCCUCGGAGGACAGCUUAAAGAACCUCCGCGAGGCCGUCGGUCAGAUAUCACAGGGCACGCCUCUGUCCUCGGACGAGAACCUGGCCGGUGCGUCCAGAGAGGCCACUGCUCAAUCGCCCGGGAACAUGCAAAUCAGCUUCAGCACCACCGCGCUGCCGUCAUAUACCGCUAGCUCCGGCCGCAGUAUUAGCCAUAGCCGCUCUGCCACUGAGCCUCAUGCCAGCUUCACAUCCACCGACAACUCGGCCACAAUCUCAUCAGAAUCUGAUGAGGACGUCCGCAGCAAGCCACAAAUGGUUAGGAAAAAGUCGGGCGAACUUGUCCGCCCUGCUCUGCGCGGCUCCUCACGUCGUCGGCCCCUGAGCAUGCCUGGCACGCCCGUCUUUUCCAAGGCUGUUCAUUUCGACUCUCACCUUGAGCACGUCCGGCAUUUCCUCCAGGUAGACCGGCCUCUCGCUGUUAGUGCCGGCUCGUCCCCGGUCGACGCCUACGAGAGCGACAACGAGUAUCCCUUCCCUGGUGGCCCCAAGACCCGGACUCCUCCAUUUGAGUGGGAGCUCGCCACCACCAACUUUCCCCACGACAACAACCUGAUCCGCCGUUCCCUGCCUGCUCGUCUGGAAAAGGUAUGGCUGGCCAAGGAUCAAAAGUCUCUGCAGGCCUCCAUCAGUGUUGCCAACCUCGCCUUCCAGAAACUCAUUACCUGCCGUUUCACCCUUGAUGGGUGGAAGACGACUUCGGAGGUGACGGGCGAGUAUGCAUCCUCCAUUGAUGCUCGCGAAGACGCUGUCGGCCACGACCGCUUCACUGUGUCCAUCCAGUUGGCUGACACAGCCAAUCUCGAGUGCAAGACGCUCUUCUUCUGCAUCCGCUACUCGGUUAAUGGCCAAGAGUACUGGGACAACAACAACGGCUCCAACUUCCAGGUCGACUUCCACAAGAAAUACCUGCCCCAGCGCGGCAAGGGCCAAUUCCUGGGCGCUAACAAGGCCCCGGGUAGUCUGCCUCGCAGCAACCGUCGACAGAGCCACACGACUGGCCCACGGCCUAUCUCGAUGCCCUCGUCACUCGACGACUUUGCCGACGAGACUGGCUUCUGCUUCGACCAGCCCCUGCACGAGUAUCUCGGCGAAUGCGGCGCUGGUCUCCGUCUCAAGUCCAAGUCGUUUAACGACCUGGCCAGCGACAACAUUAUCAAGUCGCUUACUACCCCCAGCGGGGCGGCUUUUGCCAAUCGCUACGACUUUGGCGCUUCUUUGGACGCCGCCGUCAAAGCUCGCAAAGACUCUUCCCCUAAAGAGGCCGACACUUUGUACAUGAAGGGCAACACCAAGAGUGCACUAACCAACAACUUUGGCGCGUCGCAAACGGUUGUUGUCGCAGCUCCAGGCACCGCUAUUGCCAGUUCUUCCUACGAGGAGCUGGUCAACAAGUACUGCUUCUUUGGCGUCAAAUCCUCGCCACAGGAGACGCCACUGAGGCCCACCGUGGACACGGGCGACGCCAAUAUCCUCGCCAGCUACGAGGUGUCGCCGCCCACCUCUCCUGGCAAGGAAAGCGUGCCUACGACCAGCAAUGUCGAGUACGCACCCCCCAGACCUACGAUGAGGUCCAUGUCGCCGAGCUUUACGCCUGCCACGGGCACAUCGCCGGCCGACGUUGCUCUUCACGCCCAGCAGACGCCUGAUCGAUUCGUUCCGGCGACUGCCAUUCGGGGAUAA